GUGAAACUUCUUACACCAGAGGGACAUCUGAAACACGAAGAAGAAUGUAAUCCGCAAAAUGGGUACUACAUGAUUCCAGUAUACAGCAAGGGACACUAUUCUCUCAAAGUAUUUGCACCGGAAGGAUGGUAUUUCGAACCAGAAGUUGUCGACUUUGAUCUGGACGGGGUUAAUGACCCAUGCACACAAAAUCGAGAUAUCAAUUUCUUCCUAACAGGGUUUUCUAUUCACGGUGUAGUAGGUGACGUGUCUGGAAGUGGACCCACUGGUCUUUCUUUGAUACUGAAGCAAGAUGGCAAGGUGAUUGAUUCCACGACCACGACCGAGGGUGGAAAGUAUUUAUUCAAAGCUGUAGCAGGUCUUACACCUUACAUUUUGCUUUUUGAGCAGUUGUAUGAGUCAUUUGGUGCUUCAGGAAAGUAUGAAGUCUCUACAGGAAUAGAUUCAUCGGUUUGUAUAAGACAUGGAAAGACUUUUGUAGAGGUUACAAAUGCGCCUGUCCUUGUGAAACCUGGCCUACGUAUAGCUGGGUAUACUUUCACCGUUGCAGUUAGAAAUAAAGAUCAGCCUCUGCCUAAUGCUCGGAUAACUCUCUAUUCUAAGCGUCACCUAGAGUUGGAAAACUGCAAUGCGGUGAUAUCUCCAGUGCGUGGAAUGGAUGAUGCAGAAUUUGUGUGUAAUGUUGGCGUCACGAAAGAUGAUGGCAUCAUAAGUGUCCCUUGUUUACCAAACGGAAUAUAUUAUGUGAAUGCCGAGUACAAAACCGAUGAAGCUGAUUUCCUUUUCUCACCAGCUAUUCAGAAGCUGGUUGUUGAAAACGAAGCAGUUAAGGUCUCAUUUUCCGUUACCGGAUUCACAGCUCGUGGACGAGUUGUCGUAAGCAAAAAAGGAGUUUCUGGAGCGCAAGUUGUUGUUCAAGGCAAGGAAGUGACUGAGACCGAUGCAAAUGGUUACUUCACCUUACAGGGACUCACAGAAGGGACCCUGGACAUCACCGCUCGUGCGCCUCACAUGAAAUUUAGUACUGAAAGGAAUGUUUUGGUGCUACCAAGUAUUAAAAUAAGAGACGUGAAUGUGGAAAGCUUUGAAGUCUGCGGCAGUGUGGAGAUUAGCUCUCAGGAUGCUAUCGUUUCAACGUUAAUAUUGAAAAAGACUGACGGUGCUGAGAUAGUCUCGAUCCGACCUGCUGCUGAUGGAAAAUUUUGUAAAAUGGUUGCACCGGGAAAAUAUUCGAUCUCGCCGGCUGAUUUUUCGUCGACUUUGACACCGCGUUCACUCGAUAUAGAUGUGACAACAUCAUACGUUAGUGAUUUGCGCUUCACACAUUUCAAGACUGAUGCUGUUGUACUCGUCACUUGUAUAGGUACUUGUGAAACACUGUCGAUAUCACUGUUGCAAGGUACCAAUGAACUUCAUACCGUUCGUGGAAAAGAUGAAUUCGUUUUUAAAAACAUUGGACCGGGUGCUUACCGAGUUCGAAUUAAUGAAGGAGAUCGAGCUUGUUGGGAAAAGCGUGAACUGCCUUUGUUCAUUGAUAAAGUGCGCCCUCAACCGGUGCACUUUGUUCAGAGCGGUUUUACAAGCAUCAUCAAACUUAGUCAUCCUGCACACAUGAAAUGGUCACACAAUGAGAAGAAACAAUUGCGUGGAGACACGAAUGCGGCGGCAGGUUUAUCCUCGAUAUGUGUACCGGUACAGGGUCGAUACAACGUUCAACUAAUAUCAUGUAUGAAUUUCGACCCUCCGCACUUUAAUAUCACUGUAACGUCCGAUUCAAUCUAUGAGUCGAAGGCUAUCGAUGCAAGGAUAAGUGGCUCAAUUAAUAGCACAGAUGGAAAGGGCUUUAUUAUAAAAGUCAAAUCUUCGUUGGGUGAGCGUGACGUUUCUAUUGCUGCCAAUGGUUUGUUUUCGUUUUACGAACCGCUCACAUCUGUCAGCGAUAUCGUCAUUAAACCUCAUUCUGCGACCCACCUAUUCGAUCCUCCUGAUUUCAUCGUUCAUUUUAGAGGUAACUGUGAAGAAAAUGUUGUCCAAUUUUUUGCUACUAAAGGAAUCUUCAUUGAUGGGUCCAUUACACCUGCUAUUUCCGGCGUUAAGGUAGGACUUGUCAAUAUAUCUUAUUAG